AUGUCAACGCCACAAACUACAUCGAUGCCAAUAGAUUUAGCGUCGAAAGAUGUGUCGGCUAUGGACUUGCGAAGCUCGUUGAUAGGAAAUAGGGAUCUAAAGUUUCGCGUAUUGAGCGAUACUAGACUUACUCUGCAACUAGUAGACACAUUUCGGGAGUCAGUUCACAGCCUAACCACCAGCACCAGGGCUAUUGGCGGUGAGGGAAACUUUGAAAUACUACAGCAGGUAGAGGAGAAUGUGGUUGUCAUUCAAAUUUUGGUAUCUUUUAUUCUGGAAUUAAAACAACUUCAAAUGCUUCCCUUGGAAUUCUCACCAGAUGUGGUAAAACCACUUAGCUCGUCAUUGAUGGAAUUCCUCAAUUUCCACAUCAAGGCGCUCGCCAGCUCCAAUAACAUGAUCAAUGAUGCACACAUGAAAACCAUAGAAACAUGUGCAAUCAGCUCCCUUGAAAUUCUAAUGAUACUUGCCAACUUAACAGGCGCAGGCCCUCAUGAAUAUUCCCAACCAUUAUGGAGGUACAUUCUCUCUUCUGCAUUGACUGCCAUGGACUCUUGGACUGACACGUCCAGCUAUUUCGAUAGCAUCCUUCAACUAGUACCCCUGUGCUUGGCCACCUUCACGAUAUCCUCCACCGAUUUCCACUUAGUAGCAGUUCUACUAAAUACUUUGUUGGUUCGCUUGGGCAAACAAUGUUCGGUUGAUUCCGAAAAGGCUCGGGAUUCCACGUCGCUUUCGUCUAUCACGACUUGCGCUGCUCAAAUAUUCGGUUUCUUUGAGUCCAAAAGCUUUCUGCCCGGUGGGCUAGAUAUGGUCUUUCCUCUUUUGCCCAAUAUCUUCAAAUUCUUGCUGGUAUGCAUCAAAUCCAGUGAUCAUGCCUCGGUUCUUGCAUCAUUAAACUUGUAUUUCUUCUUGGUGAAGGCUCAGGAAGCACACCAAUCUAGCGGAGAACUUCAUGGCCGGGUUGAAUCUUUUGAGUUAAUCGUUCCCAAGGCCACAGAAAUGCUGAUUCAUGAAUCUGUCAGUUCUAAUAUCAAGCGCCUCUAUUUGUUGUCCCCGACAAGAAUAUUGUCCAACAUAUGCCUCCAGUACCCGCGUGUAACUGACGAUAUUCGAAAGACCAGCUUGGAUAUUGAAAUCAUGAAAAAGCUUGAGGCAAAUUAUGUCAGUAAUCAAACGUUCAAGCUCUUCUCUAGCCUUAAAAAGAAGUCUAAUGGCGGAACAAAGAUAGUGGAUUUUUCGCCAUUUUUGGAGCUUGAUUCAACCAACGUUCAAGAGAUUUCAGACUUUUUACUUUUUUUGAGUGUUUUCACUAGUGAAAAAGAAGAACACAGAGAAAGAGUUCUCAGUUAUGGUAAUGAUGAGAAGCAGAAGAGCCAGAUCCUUCCAAAGCUCUUAUUCGAGACAGUGGACAACUUUAGGUUUCUUUUGCUUCAGUUCCAUCUAGUACACUCAGUCAUGAACUCACAAGACAGCAACAAUUGCAUCCAGGGUCCUGAUCUUCCAUUUUUCGGAAACAAUAUGGGUAUAAUAACCAGGUUGUUAGCUAGUUCAUGCUUCACUAACAAUUUUUACCUUAUCAGGUCCUUAUCUAGAUCGGUUUCGCUCCUCAGGACUUUCUUCGUCGAAUGCAACGCUCUCAUCAGCCUUAUAGGUUCCAAGCCCCAAAGGAACUCCGAUCCUUUCAUUGAUAGAUUCGACACUCCCCAUCAUUCAGGGGGCUUAAUUUCGAACAUUUUGUUUUCUCUUCGUGACACAGAAGCUGGCGGCGAUUUGAUGGAGCUGUAUUCUCGUAUGAGUUCACCUGUGAGUUUCAUGCGCUCUUGUCGAAAGAUUCAAAUGCUAAACAAGUCUAUUGUCUUGGGCAUCAUUGCAAACUUUGUGCUCGAUUUCAGCUCUUUCAGAUAUGAUAUUGUUAACGACCAAGAAUUUAUUGAGCACCUAGAGUACAUUUACACUCGAGCCACUCUGCACAGUGUUGAGUCUCUGUCUGGAGAUGACUUGGAGGGCGAAGAGAACAUUUUGCAAAUGGAAACAAUUCAGUUGAACGUUUUGCAGAUCAUCAAGAACUACAUGUACAACGAAAAUCAAGAAAACAAGAUUGAGAUGUUGUCUUAUUUUAAGCUUUCCACCAUCUUUGAUAAAACACUCAUUGGAGUAACCAACGAAUGGAAGAACAAGAAAAUAUCUGCAGAAGUGAGACAAUUGUUAUUAAAGCAAAAGAUUGUGGCCUUUGACAUCUUGAGAAAUUUGACCGCUGGCUCUCCCCAUUUCAGUGAGCACCUAACAGAGGUAUUUGAGAGAGAUUACUUGACCUCGAUUCCUUCACUGUCUGGAGCUCCUCGUGAUUGGACCGAAUACUUAAUACGAAAUAUUGUGAACUACGACCUUUUCGAUCCUAAUGCUGGAGAUGGAGACGAUUUUAAGAACGACGAGGUAUUAUUGAGCCGGAUGAACGAUGGAGAUUAUGUCUCCCUUCUUUUAGCUGUCAAUUACAUUGAAGACCAUCGCUUCACUAAUAUGGAAAGCUUCGUUGGCUAUGAUCUUCCUCGUGAUGAGUUGUUGCACAUAUGGUUGCGGUUCUUGAAACUAUAUGUCAAUACCGACGCUGAAGGUGAUCUUGAUUUGAACACAAGGGUAGCCAUAAGUAAUGGUUUGAAUUCUAUCAAGCUCCUGAUAGUAUGGAUCAUAAUCAAUUUGACCUGGAAAGAUGAUAUGGUGGGCUAUCAAUACCCUUCGGAAACUUCUUACAGGCUAUACGAUACAGUUCAAGGUGGAAGACAUGGAGGCGGAGCGGCAGCCCCAAUCGACACAAUAGAGAUAGAUGUCGAUGAUACAGAAGAGGGUAAACCGAAGGAUAGCAACAGCAAUCAGCAUGUCAUGAGUUCUCCGCUUCAGCGAGCUCGCUAUCUCAGACGAUUUGGAUUUGCUAAGGCACUUGAAAUGCUAAACGACAGUUUGACUCGCGGGACUAAGAAGGCAAAAGAUGCUAAUGGUGGAAAUUCAGCAGGCCGAUCUGUUUCUCCUGGGCAGAGAUUUGACGAUUUUGUCAGCAAUGAUUUGCUUGAAAAGGUCAAGACUGCUCAAUUUCAGCUCCAGCUGGUAAAAGUCAACAACGGCACCAAGCUGGCCUCUGAAAAAAGUUCCUACAAGAGUUUACCGGCGGCUACCUCAGGACAUACUCAUCGGCCAGAUGUAAAUAGAGGAGGCGAAGGUUUUGGCUACGGAUCGGAUGAAGAGUAUGCUGAUGCCUACGAGCACUCUCGUGGCAGCGACCAUGACGUCAGUGACAAUCAAAGCGAUGAAGUACGCAUGGAAAGUGCUGCUGAAGAUUCCGAGGACGAGCCGUGGAUUCGUUAG